GUGGGCAUGGGUGGGCCCGAGGGACCCGGGACCCCUGCCCUUCCCUGCCAGCCCUCAGCCCAGUCCUCCCCUCAGCUCUGACUGGGGGUUGGGGGUGGGGCCUGGGAAGGCCCGGAGGGAAGUAGCCAAGGCCCUGGGACCCAGGCGUGCCCUCUCCCCCAGCCCCGUGCCGCCCCUGCGGCGACAGCACCACCUGCGCUCAGCGCUGGAGGCCUUCCUGAGGCAGCGGGACCUGGAGGCUGCAUACCGGGCCCUGACGCUGGGAGGCUGGAUGACCCACUACUUCCAGAGCCGGGGCCCGCGGCAGGAGGCUGCCCUCAAGACCCACGUGAGGGAGCCCUUCCCCUCCCCACCCUCGGCCUUCAGGUCCACCCCCGUGGCCGCUUCCGGCCCCCCAGCCCCAUCCGGCAGACACUGCAGAGCCCUAAGCCCUUGGCGAAGCCCCUGGCACUCCCUGACUUCCCAGCCAUUUGGACCAUCUGAGACGAGGAGUGAGACUCCUGGGAGAGGAGAGUCGGGGGCCCUCUGAGAUGGAUCCAUCCUCUUCAUUUGACAGAUGAGGAAACUGAGGCCCCAAGAGGGGACGUGAGUUCCUCAAGACCAUGCAGCAAAUCUAUCGCUACCUCCGCGCCUUCCUGCCGGAAAGUGGCUUUGCCAUCCUGCCCUGUACCCGCUACUCCCUGGAGACAAACGGAGCCAAGGUCGUGUCUACCCGUGCCUGGAAGAAGAACGAAAAGCUGGAGCUGCUGGUGGGCUGUAUCGCCGAGCUGCGGGAAGCCGACGAGGGGCUGCUGAGGGCCGGCGAGAACGACUUCAGCAUCAUGUACUCGACCCGCAAGCGGAGCGCCCAGCUCUGGCUGGGUCCGGCCGCCUUCAUUAACCACGACUGCAAACCCAACUGUAAGUUUGUGCCCGCAGACGGGAACGCGGCCUGUGUGAAGGCGCUCAGGGACAUCGAGCCGGGGGACGAGGUGACCUGCUUCUACGGCGAUGGCUUCUUUGGGGAGAAGAACGAGCACUGUGAAUGCUACACCUGCGAGAGGAGAGGCGAAGGGGCCUUCCGCCUGCGGCCCAGGGAGACCCUGCCCCCGCGGUCCCUGGACAAGUACGAGCUCCGGGAAACCAAGCGGCGGCUGCAGCGAGGCCAGGACGGCGCCGGCUGGCAGGGCCUGCUGGGGCUGCGGGCCUGCGCCCACCCCUCCCCGCUGCACCGGGACCUCUUCUGUGCUGCCUGCCAGCCCUUCUGCCUGCCACCCUCCGGCGCCCACCCCACAGCCUCACCCCUCUGGCUCCAGUGGCUGCCUCGGCCCCCUGCCCGGCUACGUCCCCGCAGGCGCCGCCGCCCUAGGCCCCGCCGCACGCUGGGGCCCCUCAUGCUCUGUGCCGCCCGAGUGCCCCUGCACCCCUGGGGGGGCUGUGGCCCACGCUGCCAUCUGCGUGCAGAGGCCGUGGUGGCCCUGGGCACGCCCCCCCGAGCCUGCUGGGCCCCGCAGCAAGACUGGCACUGGGCCCGGCGCUAUGGGCUGCCCGCCGUGGUGCGCGUGGACCUGAGCCGUGUGGCCCCUGCUCCGCCGGCCUGCCCUGUCCCCCCUGGGACCCCAGGCCCUGCACUCGGACCCAAGCAGGCUCUGGCCUUCACCCCAUUCUCCCCGCCCAAGCGCCUGCGCCUGGUGGUCAGCCAUGGCUCCAUCGACCUGGACGUCAAUGGUGACGAGCCGUGACGGGGUGGGCGCAAGGCCGACGUGAGAGGAGAUGGCUCUCCCCAAGGCUCGCCCCAGCCCCAAGUCCCUGGGGACUCGUGGACCUCGAGGAGCCGCCCUUGGACCUCUGGGAGGGAGCUGACCCUUGACCCCAGCACAGUGCUGACCCUCGGAGGGGGUUGGUUUGGAUCUGGCCCUCCCAACUGCUGAGCCCUGAGCCGCCCCCAUUGCAGGGAGCCCUGGCCACGUGCUGCCCUCCCCCAGCCUCAGGACCGAAGGAGCCGCCUCUGUCCCCACUCGCCUUCUGCCACAGCCCAUCCCUCCCCAGGGAGCAAAGCCAUAAGGGUGGGGGCCACCCAUGGCAUCUCCCCCUUGAGCCCAGGCCUCAGGAGAAAGGAGAACCUAUUGGGGGUGGUACCCCUCGGAGGGGAGCGGUGGGUUCGCGGCCCUGCAGCUGUCUGUGGAGGGGGAAGGUGGAGGUGCCCUCCUCACCCCCACGGCUCUCAGGGAGGCCGGGCGCGGCCUCAGCUUUCUCAUGGUGCUAUCCUGGUGCUACGGGGGUGGGUGCGCUCCCCCCCCCCCACACCAGAACUGGGUAUGUUGGGGGAUUGGAAGCACUUGAACUUUUUAUUUUAUUAAAUCCUUGGUAUAAGCAGCA